AUAACCAAGAUCUCAUCUUACAUAAUAAAGAAAUAAUGCUGCAAAUUGGACGCGCGGGGCAAAUGGCCUGCUCUUUAUGCGAUCACUAUGUCAUGGGCAGUUCGUCAUACGUGAUCGUACUAGGCCUCAUUGGGACCAUAAUCACAGCUCUCGAUAUAGUGCGUACAGUGAAUUUUAAAAUUCCCAGAACGUCCUCGCGCCACCGAAACGUUCGAGAAGUGCCUAUCAACGUCGAAAGAGACUUGAAAUUAAUGACGUCAAUACUGGGAAUCGAGCACUACACAUUGAUUAUAUUAGGCGCCAUCACAGAAUAUCCCAUAUUGCACAUGCCUUGGCUGCUCAUGCAACUCUGCGUCAUCGUCGUGGAAGUCGUUAUUGUUUUCGUGAGGUUCUUCUUAGACGGCUUGCAUGUUAAGCACAACGAGAUAUUGCAAGCAUUAUUUACCGUGUACAACUGGCUGCAAGUCUUUUGUCUCUUCCAUCGACAAGCACGAGGGGAGAAUUAGCUAACACAAUUUAUUUUUAAUAAUUACAAUUUAUGUAACUUCCUUUACCCGCCCCUU